GCCGCCAUAUCGCGCCGCGUCCUUCGCUUGCAUCUCCAGCCUCAUCGCCCGCCGGCUCACCGCUAUCUGCCCUUGCACCUGCCCCCUUCUGCGUCCACCAUGGCUGACCUGCACGACCGCUACUCGAGCCCCCUGACCUCCCGGUACGCCUCGCCCGAGAUGGCCCACAACUUCUCGGACAACAAAAAGUUCAGCACCUGGCGACAGCUCUGGAUCAACCUGGCCGUUGCCGAGAAGGAGCUGGGCCUGAAGGACGUCACCGACGAAGCCAUCGAGGAGAUGCGGGCCAACGUCAACAACAUCGACUACCAGCUCGCCACUGCCGAGGAGAAGCGCCGCCGGCACGAUGUCAUGGCCCACGUCCACACCUUCGGCGUGGCCUGCCCCAAGGCCGCUGGCAUCAUCCAUCUGGGAGCCACCUCGUGCUAUGUCACCGACAACUCGGAGCUGAUUAUGAUGCGCGACGGCCUCGACAUUGUGAUCCCCAAGCUGGCCAGCUGCAUCAAGAAGCUCUCGGACUUUGCCGUCGCUCACAAGGACCUGCCCACCCUCGGCUUCACCCACUUCCAGCCCGCACAGCUGACCACCGUCGGCAAGCGCGCCUGCCUCUGGCUCCAGGACCUGCUCCUGGAUCUGCGCAACAUCGAGCGAGCCCGCGCCGACAUGCGCUUCCGUGGCGUCAAGGGCACCACCGGCACCCAGGGCUCGUUCCUGGCGCUGUUCGACGGCGACCACGACAAGGUCGAGCAGCUCGAUGCCCGGGUGACUGAGCUCUCGGGCUUCUCGUCGGCCUUCCUGGUCACCGGCCAGACCUACACCCGCAAGGUCGAUCUGGAUGUCCUCAAUGCGCUUUCGUCCUUUGGUGCCUCGGCCCACAAGAUCGCCACCGACAUCCGCCUGCUGGCCCAUCUCAAGGAGCUCGAGGAACCCUUUGAGAAGGACCAGAUCGGCUCCUCGGCCAUGGCCUACAAGCGCAACCCCAUGCGCUCGGAGCGUGUCUGCUCGCUGGCCCGCCAUCUCAUGACCCUUGUCGGCAACACUCAGCAGACCGCCGCCGUGCAGUGGCUCGAGCGCACCCUCGACGACUCGGCCAACCGCCGUGUCAGCAUCCCCGAGGCCUUCCUGACCACCGACAUUCUCCUGUCGCUGCUGCAGAACAUCUUUGACGGCAUGGUUGUCUACCCUCAGGUCAUCCGCCGCCGCAUCCUGCAGGAGCUCCCCUUCAUGGCCACCGAGAACAUCAUCAUGGCCAUGGUCAAGGCCGGUGGCGAUCGCCAGGUCUGCCACGAAGAGAUCCGUGUCCUCUCUCACCAGGCCGCCCGACAGGUCAAGGAGUUGGGCCUCGACAACGACCUUAUCGAGCGUAUCAAGCAGACCCCUUACUUCAGCCCCAUCGUCCCGCAGCUGGACAAGCUCCUCGAUCCCUCGACCUUUACUGGCCGUGCGCCCCAGCAGGUCGAUCGCUUUAUCCGGGAGGAGGUUUUGCUGGCCCUCAAGCCCUACGACACCAUCCUCGGCCAGGUCCAGCAGGUCGAACUGACCGUCUAAGGCACCUCGAUCGUAUUGGUGGUGGCGAGCAGCGCGACGGGCAUGCGUCCCGGCCAGAGUCCCGGGCUGUCUGUGUAUGUGUGCCAAUACUAUGGACAGACCAAAACCAUGUCGCUCCCUCCCAUCUGUGCACGCAGCGUUCUGGCUCCCGACGGAUCCGCCCCGCUCUUCAUCCGAGCUAUGUUGCGUUUGGUGCAUUGCUUGUGCGAGCCCUUUCCCAGAGGGAUCCUGCCCGAUUGGUGGGUCGCACCUGACGUCAUGCCUGAGUGCGGCGGUUUGGGGCCAGCUCCAAUAGAGCGGCUUGAUGCGCAUUUACGACGACGCCAACUUUGAGGCCAAUGUGGCAGUCGAUAUAUUGAGUGCGAU